CAUCAUUGCUAACUUGAAGCCCUAGCUUUCAACUUCUUGCUCCACCGUCCACCCUCCACCGCCGUCGUCACAGUCACCAGUAUCGAAGCUACUUACUUCCAUUUCCAUCAAUUCACCUCAAAAUGGUUAAACCAACUGAACAAGACACCGAAAGCAUUGCAGUACCCGAAUCGGUGAUGGAUUCCGUCACCACCACUCUCUCUAACCUUCACGAAUUACGUUCACAUUUUGAACAAUUCUUACCUCUCAUGAACCCUCAAAUUCUCUCCCAAAUUCCACCUCUUCAACGUGCUCACUCUCUCUUCCUCCUCUCCAAAAUCACUUCCACUCUCCUCGCUUUGAAAUUGAGGUGUACUGGAGUUCAACCUGAUAAUCACUCUGUCAAAUCAGAGCUUGAUAGAUUAGAUAUAUACCAAGACAAACUUGAACGUCUGUUAGAUUUGAAUAAAGCUCCUCUUCGACCUUCUACUACAUUGAAUUAUCAAGCAGCUACACGCUUCAUCGAACACUCUCUGCCUGACCUUACCUCAGAGCAAAGGCAGAAAAUGAGGAACUUGAGUAGAAGGGAGGGACAGAAGAAGAAACAUGGGGAGCGGGCUGGUCAAAAGAGAAAGUAUCAAUCCUCUGAAAGGCCAUCUGUUCAAGCUGUUGCCAAGGAGUUUCUAGAGAAAGCAUCCAGGGAGCUUCUCGGCAGUAAUAAUGGGGGUAUUAAAGGACCGCUUCGAAUUGACAACAUGUCAGAAGACGAUGACGAUCAUGUUGACAAUUUUUCAGAAGAUAAUGACGAUAAACUACUCGUGCCCUGAUUUUCAUGAACUCUGUGUCAGCAGUUUUUAUGGAGCAUUGUUCGAGCUAAUUUGGAAUUUUAUUUUUGCAGUGUCAGCAGUUUUUAUGGAGCAUUGUUGUUCGAGCUGAGGGUUUUGCUUCCUUUCCAUGCUGGGAUGACUACUUCUAUUUAAAAUGUGACAACCAUUUUAGGUUGGAUUUUGGUGAUGUAGGUGCAGUAUUUGUUUUUGCUUUAAUUUGUGUAGUUCUGGAUGUCAAUGUAAAAAAACUUAAACAUAUUCCUCAUCCAUGUACGGAACUGUAUGAAAUUCUAAAAAAUGAAUCUUGAUGAAGAC